AUGUUAGAUUCAAUUGAUAGUAGUGAGAUAGAAAAAACAAUAGAAAAAGCACUCUCCCAAAUAAAAGAAGAUACUAUAAAGAAGGAAGCAUGUAUACUAAUAUAUAAAUUAACAGAUAUUUGCAAGAAAGCAAGAAUGUUUGCAGAAAUGCCAGGCCCAUUAAAAAAUCUAGCAUAUAAUGCACUUUCUAUACAGCUAUUUCAAAGAACUGCGUGCAUUAACAAAUGGAACAAGAGCAAUAUUAUAUCAAUAGUUAAUAAAUCUAUAAAUCACAUAAAACUGGUUAUCAGAAUGAUUGUAGAUUUAGCAGAGGAGCUGCAUGACAGCGAUAAAAAAGAGGCGUUCUAUAAUCUAAUGGGAGAAAACCAUAUCGUUAUGGCGAAUUCAUAUGUACUUGGGUCAGAUUCAUUUAAUUUUAUCAUUAAUAAACUGUGCAAAGAGGCAAGUAUCAAGCAAUUAAACCAUAAUUUAUCUGCCGAAAAAGCACUGGCUAUGCUUUCUAUGCAAAAUCAAAUUAAAAUGUGCUCUAGACUACAAAGAGCAUUAAAUAUACUAAUGCAGUAUAGUAGUACGUCAAUUGCAUCAGAUAAAAAUGAAAUAAGCGAUCUAAAUGCAACUAAAUUAAAAAUAAGCAAUGAUGACAUUUAUUCAUUGCAGCUGCUUAAACAAACAUCUAAUUUAGACAAUAUGUCCGAUUUUUUAGGCAAUUCUGUGUAUAAAUCUAUUUAUAUUAAAACUAAAAACCAGUGA